AUGGCCAUGUGGAGUCUGCUUCUCUGGGAAGCUCUGCUUCCCACUGCAGUUACCGGGACCCAAAUCCAGGGACAGGUCGGGGGCUCUGUGCUGCUGGCGGCAGAGCGUCCCGCUGGAUUCCAAGUCCGUGAUGCCAUCUGGCGAUCUCUCUGGCCUUCAGAGGAGCUCCUGGCCACAUUUUUCCAGAACUCCUCAGAGACUCUAUACCACUCCCGCUUCCUGGGCCGAGCCCAGCUGCACAGUAACCUCAGCCUGGAGCUGCGGCCACUGGAGUCUGGAGACAGCGGCAACUUCUCUGUUCUGCUGGUGGACAAGGGGGGUCAAGCACAGACCCAGACCCUGCAGCUCAAGGUAUAUGACACAGUACCCAGGCCCGCAGUACAAGUGUUCAUCGCUGCAGCAAGAGAUGCCCAGGCCCCCAAGACAUGCCAGGUCUUCCUUUCCUGCUGGGCCCCCAACAUCACUGAUGUCACCUAUAGCUGGCGACGCGAGGGGACCAUUGACUUUGGUCUCGAGCCACAUGACCUAUUUGCAAAUGGACAAGUGCUGAGAGUUUCACUGGGGCCAGGAGACAAGAGUGUGGCCUAUUCUUGCAUUGUCUCCAACCCCAUCAGCUGGGACUUGGCCACAGUCACCCCCUGGGAAAGCUGCCACCGUGAGGCAGCCCCAGGGAAAACCUCUCACAAAGAUGUGCUGCUGCUGGUGAUGGUGCCGGUCUCACUGCUCCUGAUUCUGGCUGGUCUUCUCUCUGCCUGGCACUGUGGUCCCUGCUCAGGGAAAAAGAAGAAGGACAUCUGUGCUGACAGUGUGGCUCCAGAGACAGAGAAUCCCAUUGUGUAG